AUGCCGCUCGCCGGCAUUGCGCUCGCGCCUCUCCUCGUCUCCCCUCACUCGCCUUCCUCUCCCCGUGGCAGCGUCGCCGUCUCUGUAGAGGCCGCGAGAAGGCGUCGCGCGCUACGGCGAGUGCGGUGCUCGGCCGCAGCGGCGUCCGGCGGAGACGGGGACGCCGGCGAGCUCUCACGCGCGACGCUGCUCUGGAGAGCGGCCAAGCUGCCCAUCUACUCCGUGGCGCUCGUGCCACUCACCGUAGGCACUGCUGCUGCUUAUAACCAUGCGGGGCUGUUCUUUGCCAGACGCUACUUUGGCCUCUUGGCUGCUGCUAUCCUUGUGAUCACCUGGCUCAAUCUGAGCAGCAAUGACGUUUAUGAUUCAGAUACUGGCGCUGAUAAGAACAAGAAAGAAUCUGUCGUCAACAUUGUUGGCAGUUGGGCAGUGACACAAUAUGCUGCAAACGUUCCUCUUCUGUUCGGCUUUGGAGGGCUAUUUUGGGCCUUUACAGAAGCAGGAGACGUCAGGUUCAUCACUUUGGUUCUAUGUGCAAUCCUUUGUGGUUAUGUUUCUCAGGUGUUCUGA